UUUUGCGUGGACCACGAAGCUGCUGAGAAAAAUCAAAAUGAAACCAUUUUAACAGAUGAAGAACAAUCAAGAUGUUCGAGUCUCCGUUGUCGAAAGUGUUGCUCCGCCGAAUACAAGACGGGGACCCGGAGUUGCAGGUGAAGAGAGGAAUUCUGUUGACCGACCAGACACCGAAGGACAAUUACCAAAACGGAACAACGGAGGAUGUAGGCCCAGGUCCGGUUUCGUUUUUUGACGCUGGGCGCGAAGAAGAUUACGACUAUGCUGGGCAGGAAGGGGAAGAUGUUGGUGCCGAGAUCGAGGGAGAGGACGGGGAGGGAGACGGGUACUACGCCUACGAGGAUGAUGCGGUAGCAACGGAGGGCAACGCCAACGGCAAGUACGUCCGGGCAAAAGAACCCCCUCCACUCUCCGACUACGAGGAUUUGCUUCUCCACGUGAAUGAAAACGUUCUACCCCCACUGGGGUUCUCCGUGCAAAAGCGCAGCGCGCCCGGUACCAGUACAUUGGCGAAUAAAGGCCGUCACCGCGCCCAGGCAGCUGGAGGCCCUCUGUACCUCGAAGUUGUGACCAUCGAGAAGGGUUGGUGGGCGUACGACCACCUCGCGAUCGGCGAUCUGCUGAUUUCCGUGGAAACGAAUCGGGAUAGAGUUUCUGCGGAUUCUUUGAAAACGGUGUUCGACUGGGAACUGAUCCUGCACCAACGCCCGUUGACGCUGUUUCUCCUGCGGCCGCCGGGUGUUUUACCGCCGGGGAUUGUGGAGCAGGAGCGGGCGCGGUUGAACAUGGUAGUGGGGCCAAAGUUUGGCAACAUUUUUGGAGGAACAGCAGCUGGAGGGGAAGGAGCUUCUGCCCAGCUGCCAGGAGAUUUCCAGCAGCGGCACUUGAAAAAAUCCCUCACCGAGCUCGCCACCGGAGAGCACGGCGCGCCAACGGAGCUACUGUUGAAGCAGAUCAAUUCGGCGAGCCGGAAUCUGGUGAAAACGAGAGCGCUGGAGUGGGGGGUUUUGGACCAGGAAGAUGAGCGUGGAGGUGCGGGUGGUGUUGUGUUGCACGACGAAUUGUACAAUGACGACCGGCGAACUACAACUACCCGCAUGAAGACAAUAAACGAUCGUCGCCAUGUGGAUCAGCAGACGGCUUUUGAAAUGCAGCAGGCCCUGGACCAGGACCGGGACCACUUUAACCGCGAGGGAUGGAAAAUUGCGAUGCGCAGGGAGCUCGCGGAGGCGAAGGACCAGCUGAAGUUUUCUGUCAGGAGCACCGGUGGUGGUCGUGUAAACAACCUGCUAAAAAACGACCCCGCGGAAGUGAAUGACCGGCGGUUUCGUUUACUAUUCUCCUCGGAGCAUUUGGAAGAGAGCAGCCUCGGCGUUCCUAAUUUGGACGAAAAGUACGAUACCACAAUUGAUGACCGGACUGUGAACAACCCAACGUCGCCCCUCUUCCACCCGGAAAUGUGGCGGGCCGCGACGAAUCCAGGAGGAGAUGAAGAAGACGAAGCGGUGGCGGAUUUGAUAAACCGCUGGGCGCCGAAAAGCUACGCACUGAAUUCGAGAAACACGAGCACGACCAGGCUGCCAACCUCGGCGUUGAAUGCGCUUCAGCGAAACUAUCUGCAACAGAGUAAUUUUUUGUACCAGAAUCAACAAACAGGCUCAGGAGGCCCAAAUGGAAAUGAAGAUGCAAGCGGAGCAAGAACCGAAUUCGAAAGCAUCCUCUCCCGGGUCAAAGACUUGCGGGAAGACGGACUUGCGGGACGGUUGAAAGAGGCGGAGGAGAAUUUGUCAAAAAAGUUUUCGACUUCAAAACGUGAAGACUUUCAGAAGUACUACACUGAGCUUCUGGAAAUCGAAAAUGCGGAGAAGCUGCUAGCCCGGACGAAGACGAACUACAGGGGCGGAACGCGUGCGAUAACCCAGGCGAAGACCAAACAAGCUGCAGAUCAAAAAUCAAUCUCGGCGCAGGACAAAACCCUUGCCAUCAUCCAAUCUCUGGAGCGGCUCGGCGAUAGGUUCGCGGAAAGGACUGGUGGGGCGGGUAGCAAGGGGAGACAGAAACAACAAGACGAGGGUGACGAUUUUGAAGAAAAACCGACCCUGACCGAAUCGUACAAACAGGCCGUGAUUCAGGAACACGCGGAGUUCGUGGCGGAAAAAACCGCCACGGCGGUGAAGCAAGUGAUGGAGCAGGAGCAGCGGAAGCAGCGACUGGAGAAGUUGCAGGACUCGAUGCUGAAAUUGCAGCAGGAGCUGGAGCAGCAACACGAAAAAGCGGACUUGAUUCAGAAGCAGAAAGAGAAGGUUUUCGAAGCGGAGAGACUUGCGAUGGAGAAAGCGAAGCUGAAUGCGGCGAGUGCUUUGAUCGCGAGGAAAGCGGUUUUGAAGAAACAGAUUGACGGAACGUUAGCGGAAUUGCGGGACAACAGUGUUGCGUAUUCUGCUGCUUCUGGGGGACAAAAUUUUGGAGCCAGUGGCCAUACGACCGCCGAGGCGAUCAGAAAUAGGAUGAAAGCGCUAGACAUUGCUUCCGGGAAACAUUACAAGAGGCGAAUAAAGGAGUCGGAAAACUAUGCAGAGGACGAUUUUUCCGCAUCUUCAACAUCCGGGUACGACGAACUACAGCGAGCGGCAGAAAGAACAGCAGACGUCGAAGAAGAAUUCGACUCCGAGGCAGAAUUAGUAGGUGUAGAGGACGAUGCGGGAGAGGAUUCUGAAGCAGAAGUACAGGAACUCCAAAAUGCACAGCCAGGACCUCAUCAAGAAGAGAACCAACUUUCCCCGGACUACGUCGUCGGCGCAAGCGGAAGCAGUAGUGAACAAGACGAUGUUGAAGAGGAUAUCAACUUCGAGCAGGAUGAGUUCCCCGACACGCCGGAGCCGUUGUCAAGUGAAGCCGGGGUGAGAAAAAGUGAGGGCGAAAAUGACGAAAUCGAAGAUGCGGAGGAUUUGUUCGAGGAAGAUAAUUUAGCAGGUGACGAAUUCGGCGACCAAGACCAGGAGGCCGAAGACGAGUAUUUCAUCGACCAACAAGAUGAUCAGGACGAGGGCGAAGUGUUCGCAGGCUCGCCAAGUAGCAGCAGUAAGGGAUCGCUCUCCUCAAAGGUUGUUGGGAAUAGAAGCCCGCUGUUUUCGAAAAUCGCUGAUGUGGUGGUGAGGUCUGCUUCCCCUUCCGAAAGGAAUAGGAAGGUAAACUUCCUUGUUGAUGAGCCUGGCGCAGCGAAUGAUGAAGCAGAAGAUUUGUCUGAGGCCGAGGAUCGAUUCGAAGGGGAUGAGGAUGAGAAAAGUAGCAGCAGGCUUGGCGGCUCGCCGGUUGUUCAUGGAGACGAGGAGGAGCAUGAAAUCGUUGCGGCUGCUGCGGUGAUCGACACGUCGAGCCCCGCCGAGCAGCAGAAGCGUGCUCAAGUUGCUACUGAUGGAGUUUAUGCUGAGCGUGUUGCAGCCACAGGGGACGUCGUAAAUGCCCCUGAAGAGGAGGAAGCUCAAGCUGCUGCUCAACUUGAGGUGGAGGAGGGCGAUACUCUCAUGGCUGAAGAGGAAAUUGAAUACGAAGACGAUAGCAGCGGGUACCCAGAGAGCGUUUCAUCCGGAGAUGAAGUGGAGAAACAGGAGGUAUUGCAGCGCGACGUGCAAAUCGCAGGGUACAACGAUGCAACCGAAGAACAAAACGACAGCUACGGAGGUGAAGAGGAGGAGGAGCUCGAAGAGAAUGAAGAGUUAGAACCAGUAGCACAAGAUGAAUCCAACCAAAACGAAUUUUCUGCACCGCCGGCGCUACCUCCAGGAGCUCCUGAACAAUCCCAGCAGCCGAGCAAUGUUUUCGCCUACUACGGAAAUGAAAGCGGUACGACUAGGCACGCAAUCGACCUCGAGAAAGAGAUGAAGGAACAACACCUCCUCGAAGAGCAAUUCUCUGCACAAGCGCACACGUCGACCAAUGCGGCAGAAGUGACGAAGACCGAUGUGAAAAAUGAUUCAACUCACCACUUCCUCUUCACGCAAGAUUUACUCCAGCGACAUGGAAAAACCGCCGAGUUUCUGAAUGGAAAAAGACUAGAGACCGACAUUAAGAACCUGCAGCGUGAUUUAGACCUGUUGUCGAAUGACCAGUCGAAUUCUUCUUCUCAUGAGGACGACCUGGAACCACCAGCAUUUGCGCGAUUUGCGCCUCCGAGGAGGCAGAUAGAAUUGCCGACGAGGACGCGGAGUCUAAGAGGUAAUGGUGAUGCGGACCCGCCAGCAGGAUCGAAUUCUACUGCCUUCACUCCAGGAAGCUCACUGGCGCAGUCGAGCUCCACUGCUUUUCUGCCUGUCGUUCGAGGGCAUGUAGUCGAAGAAGGUACCGGGGCGAGAAGGAACGGGACGCUAAAUCCAGAACAAAAAAAGCAGGAGCAUUCCGCUCCUGCUGACGACGAAUCGGAAUCUUGGUCCGCGUGGCGGGAGCGGGUUUUGGACACGGUGGACGAUUUUGCGUCAGGGCGACUGUUUUCUUCGUUGACGAGCGACUACGCUUUGUUUGGGAACACGAAGAUUUUUGCGGAUGAAUCGCCGGGAAAGGGGAGUUCCGCCACAGGGGGAUCAUCUUCCGAGGAGAACAAUGGAUCGGACUAGUGCUGCGAUGCAACGACCGAUGAUAGAUAAAAAACAUGUUCAAUGUUAGUUUAUGAAUGUUUGUAAGAUGCACGGAACAAAUACAAAAAAUUCGGCUGUAGUUUCAUAGUAAAUGGCAAUGAAUUAUGUAGUCGCGUUUGUGUACGUGAAUGUUCCGAGAACCUGUAGAUGAACUCUGUAACUUCUCGUGGCUUUCGUCCGUUUCGUCUAGUAAUGGAAGAUUAGACCAUGAUCACUGACAAAG